GCCCAAGCUUAUAAAAAGGAAAAAAAACGUGUAGCUCUCCCUGGGCCUCCAAGCUUUGAACGGAAGUGCCUUGUCCUCUGCGGACUCAGGGAGCGUUCGAGGACGCGCCUGUUCCCGCCGUCGCAACUGCCAGUGAGACGUGUUUCUUUCGCCUGGGACUCUGGGUGAGGCUAGGCCGUGAUUGGGAACUCGGGAGAAAUUAGGCAACGAAGGACUGUAAUCUUCCAUCCGGGUCCACAUUGCCUGCUUUACCUACGGACGCGUCGCUUGGUUCGGACGCGCACGCGCUCUGGGUGGUAAGGGGAGGUCUCGAGAGGCCCAGUGCGCUUGCGCCCUUCGUCCCGCGUUGGACUUAGCUCGGUACUGAAAGACCGGCGUUUUUUACUGUUUGCACCAGAAGUAUCCACUUUCUAAAAGAAAAUAGAGCUAAUGUGGCCGCGUACGUCUGUAAACGCAGCUACUGUGGAGACUGAGGCAGGAGGAUUCCACGUUUGAAGUUAACGCAGGCAACUGGCAAUUUAGCAAGAGCCUGUCAAUAAAAAAAGUGCCCCACAUACCAUGGCCCUCGUGUCUGCUGACUCCCGCAUUGCAGAACUUCUCACAGAGCUCCAUCAACUGAUCAAGCAAACUCAGGAAGAGCGUUCACGGAGUGAGCACAACUUAGUGAACAUCCAGAAGACCCAUGAGCGGAUGCAGACAGAGAACAAAAUUUCUCCUUAUUUCCGAACAAAGCUUCGUGGCCUCUAUACAACUGCCAAGGCUGAUGCCGAGGCCGAGUGCAAAGAUAACAACACCCUCCAGGAUUGUGAACAUAAAAUUCAUAGAAAGUACCAGAUGCCAGCAUUCCACAGGCUCUUCUGACCAUCAUUUGUGCAUCCUCCGGAAGGCCCUGGAUAAGAUUGCUGAGAUCAAGUCUCUCUUGGAAGAGAGGAGGAUUGCGGCCAAGAUCGCAGGCCUCUACAAUGACUCAGAACCCCCACGGAAGACCAUGCGGAGAGGGGUACUGAUGACUCUGCUGCAGCAGUCAGCCAUGACCCUGCCUCUGUGGAUCGGAAAGCCUGGUGACAAGCCCCCACCUCUCUGUGGGGCCAUUCCAGCGUCAGGGGACUACGUGGCCAAACCUGGAGACAAGGUUGCUGCACGGGUGAAGGCUAUGGAUGGGGAUGAGCAGUGGAUCCUGGCUGAGGUGGUCAGUUACAGCCAUACCACCAACAAGUAUGAAGUAGAUGACAUUGAUGAAGAAGGCAAAGAGAGACACACCCUCAGCCGCCGGCGGAUCAUCCCACUGCCCCAGUGGAAGGCCAACCCUGAGACAGACCCCGAGGCCUUGUUUCAGAAGGAGCAGCUUGUGCUGGCCCUGUAUCCACAGACCACCUGCUUCUACCGGGCCCUGAUCCACACACCUCCACAGAGGCCCCAAGAUGAUUACUCCGUCCUCUUUGAAGACACCUCCUAUGCAGAUGGCUACUCCCCUCCUCUCAAUGUGGCCCAGAGGUACGUGGUGGCUUGUAAGGAGCCUAAGAAAAAGUGAAGAAGGCUGGCAGACACAGUCAGCUGCUGCCCUAAGUCUUCCUGGAAGAAGCCAACAAAGGAUUUUCUGUGAACAAAUAAAUACUCAUUCCUUUCA